UCAGCGUUAGGGCAGGAAGGAUGUAACGACGGUUUGGGGGAGGAUUUAUUUACAUUGGCGCUGGCUCUCCUGUGUUCGUGCGUCUCGGCCGGAUGCUGCGUUGCUGCUGCUGGAUGCUGACGAUCCGAACCGGACCGUGUCAGUGAUGGAGGCCGGAGCCAGAAAAUCCCACAGGAGAUAAAUCAGGAUCAUUACACGGCAGGUAACCAGGGAGCCAGAUCGGCGGCGUGAGGAGCGGACAUGUUCUAGGAGAACCGGCGGGAUGAAGGCGCCGAGGAGACCGAGGCAGACGCGCCUCCUCCGGCGGCUCUGCGUCAGCGGAGUCGGUCUGUUCGCAGCCUCCUGGAUGUGUCACCUCCUUCAUUUUACAGACUCCCACGGACCCACUGAUGCCUUAACCUUGUUUAAAAGAGAGCUGAGCCUCCCCACAGAAGAAAUCAAUCAGACCUCCAACACUCGAUUUGCCAUCCAUGAGUUUCCUGAGGACAUUUUCACUCUGCAGCAGAGGAGGCAGGGAGCCGUCCUCCUUCACGCUCUCUGUGCUAUCUACAUGUUUCAUGCACUGGCCAUUGUGUGCGAUGUUUAUUUUGUGCCAUCACUGGAAAAAGUAUCGCAGAACCUUCAACUCAGUGAGGAUGUUGCCGGAGCAACCUUCAUGGCCGCUGGGAGCUCCGCCCCUGAGCUCUUCACCUCGUUAAUUGGGGUGUUUAUCACAAAGGGGGACGUGGGCGUGGGGACGAUCGUAGGAUCAGCUGUCUUUAACGUCCUGGUCAUCAUUGGCAUUUGUGGCAUCUUUGCCGGACAGCCCAUCACUCUGAGUUGGUGGCCUCUGUUUAGGGACUCAGUCUUCUACAUCCUGUCCAUUGUGGUUCUUAUCCUGGUGAUCUAUGAUGAAAAAGUCAUGUGGUGGGAGACCAUCAUCUUGAUUUCUGUGUAUGGAAUCUAUAUCAUCAUCAUGAAAUUCAACGGGUAUCUGUGCAGUGUGGUCGAGAGACACUGCAGCCCGGGGGGUCAGCCGUGUCUGAGCGGCCUCAGGCGGACAACAGCCAUAGGAAUCGUUGGAGAUUGUGACAACGACAUGGUGCCGCUGAAGCCAGACUCGUGUGUGGUGGUUGGACAGGAUUCGGGGGCGGUGAUGGCAGACGAGUUGCUGAACCUCCACUCCCAACAGCUCACCUUCUCAGAGAGACAGAGGCUCAUUCAUGCUCGGAGUGGCCCUGAAGAGGGUGGGGCUACCAGAGAUGGCGGUUUGGGCGUUAGCAGGCCAUGGGGACGAGAAAAUGGGGUGGUGACUGAGGUAGACAGACAGCCCGUGGAGGGAGAGAAGGAGGGGAGAAAAGAAACAGCAGGGGGAGACAGGAGGCGGAGCACAACCGAAGAGGAAGAGGAGGAGGAGCAGGAGGAUGGAGAGGAAGAGAAUGGUCCUUUCAAACCCUUUGUCAUGCCAGAUGGUUGGUGUAGCCGUCUGAAGUGGCUGCUGUCGUGGCCGGUGAGCGUCCUGCUUCACUGCACUGUGCCCAACUGUAACCUGCCAAAGUGGGAGCGCUGGUACCUGCUCACCUUCCUCUCCUCCACGCUGUGGAUAGCCCUGUUCUCCUACCUCAUGGUCUGGAUGGUGACCAUCAUCAGCUACACGCUUGGAAUCCCUGAAGUCAUCAUGGGAAUCACCUUCCUGGCAGCGGGCACCAGUGUUCCUGACUGCAUGGCCAGCCUUAUUGUUGCCCGCCAAGGAAUGGGGGACAUGGCCGUGUCCAACUCUAUUGGCAGUAAUAUCUUUGAUGUUCUCCUCGGGCUGGGCUUUCCCUGGGCCUUGAGAACUCUCAUAGUCAGCUACGGAUCAGUGGUGACCAUCAACAGUAAAGGCCUGGUGUACUCAGUGAUCCUAUUGUUGGCCUCGGUCACACUUACCGUCCUGAGUGUCCAUCUGAACCGGUGGAGGUUGGACCGCAGACUAGGACUGUGUCUCCUACUGCUUUACGCCAUCUUCCUUCUUUGUUCCAUCGGCUUUGAAAGGCUGUAGAAUGCUCACCCACACGUCCUUGCCCACACAUUCAGCACCAGAUACAUGGAUGAUUGAUUAAUUUCUGCAUACGCGUGUGAGCAGCACAUUCACAGCUGCCCGGCAGCGAUGUUGUUUACCUUUGAUAACUGAGUAUUUUACAUAGUUUUAUACUGACCACCUUCAGGCAGCAUCAAACCCUCCAACAGCUGCAUAUCAUACUACAUAUUUAUAAAGUAUUGAAUUUGUGCUUUCUUUGCACCACUAACCAAAUUGUUGAAGGAACCUAAACGUGUUCGUUUACACUUUAUGACUGCCAUAAGUAACCUCAAAGAACUGAUAAUCACACAUGUAGCGUUUUUCUUCUUCAUUUUAUGUAUUAUUUUAGUGUGUGUAAAUAUAUAUUUGGCAUUGCAUGGCUGAUCCGCUUGCUCCUGAUCAAUUGCAGUAAGCCACUGUUGUCUUGGUCUUGUCUAUAAAGUGGGCCCCCUUUUUCUUAAAAGCUUCCCAGCACUCAAGAGUUUCGUGCGAGAACGAAUGUGACUGCGCUGUGUAAAGUUUUUGCGUGUCUAAUGAGAGUCUGAUGAUGAGUGCAAUAAAACACUGUGUCCUGUGGAAC